AAGAUCAUGUAACCAAUUAUAAUAUGUGCUUAAUAGAGAUGAAACUAUCCAUCGUUUUUAAAGAAGUUACAAUUCGCUCCCACUUGACCAAAUUCAUUAAAAUGCUAAUCAAAAGCACCGUUCUAGUGGCAGCUUGUUGCAGCAGCUCCCGCCACUGGUGUCCCUCUUCAAGACACAAGAUGGAGCCUCGUCAUGGGAUCAUGAAGGCCUUUCCCAAAGUUAAAAGAGCCAAAGUGUUACAUGGAAGAGACACACCGCCAGCAAAGAAGAAACCUGAUGAAUGUGACAUCACAGGAAACACGUUUAAAGGUGUCAAAGUGUACAUCCUGCCUGCUGGAAUAGGAAAUGCCAGAUACCAGAUCUUCCAAAGACAAAUUGAGCAGAAUGGAGGACAGACAGAGAGUUCACUGUGUCCCAGUGUCACUCAUGUUGUUGUAGAUGAAAACAUGGACAUGGACAGGGCUCUGCGCUUACUGAAAGUGGAUCGUAUGCCCUCUGGAGUCCAACUGGUAAAAUGCACAUGGCUGAGUUUGUGCAUCAGUGAGAAACAACUGCUGGAUGUGGCCAGCUACAGCCUUCUUUUACCAGAGAGAAAACCUGAAACAGUGCAUGAAACCAUUAAAGAAGAGUUACAGAAUGUCGAGCCUGCUGCAGAAACUAUUGCACAGCCAGUGUCUGAUAAAACCAAGCAAGAAAAGGACAUGACGAUCCCAGACACCAAAGAGGAAGUGCAAGGGGAGGAAGACGGAGUCUCUCAGAGUGACCUGGAAGCUCUCAUCACUGGCCAGCACCCCAAAGAGGAGACUCCUGGCUCUAAUGUUGACCCUGGUCCAGAUUCUGCUGCUCAGAAGGUGGUCUCGGGGAAGUGGGUCUGUGCCCAGUCCUCUCAGUCCAAAACUAACAACUUCAACAAGCACAUCACAGACAAACUAGAAGUGCUGGCCAAGGCCUACACACACCAGGGGGACAAGUGGAGGGCGCUAAGCUACUCCAAGGCUGUCAACGCACUGAAGAGUUACCACAAGCCUGUUACGUCAUAUCAGGAGGCCUGUCAGAUCACAGGAAUUGGGAAACGCAUGGCCGACAAAAUUGAUGAGAUCAUGGAGAGUGGUCACCUGCGGAAGCUAGAUCACAUUGGGGAGGCUGUACCAGUAUUGGAGCUUUUUACUAACAUCUGGGGAGCAGGAGCUAAAACCGCACAGCUGUGGUACCAACAGGGAUUUCGCACAUUGGAGGACAUCCGCACAAAAGCCAACCUAAGCAACACUCAGAAAAUAGGACUCAAACACUACGAUGACUUGCUAGACCGAAUGCCCAGAGAGGAAGCAGCAGCCAUAGAGAAAGUGGUGAGGGACGCUGUCCAUGGCAUAGACACACAGCUGGUGGCGAUGGCAUGUGGCUCGUACCGUCGGGGAAAGGCCACAUGUGGAGAUGUUGAUGUACUUAUAACUCAUCCUGAUGGCAAGUCCCACAAGGGAGUUUUCAGCAAAGUGUUACAGAUCCUCCAUGACAGUGGGUUUUUGACUGACGACCUGGUGAGCCACGAGGAGAACGGAGAGCAGAAGAAAUACUUGGGUGUGUGCCGUCUGCCAGGGCCUUGCCACCGCCAUCGCAGGCUGGACAUCAUAGUGGUGCCCUACAACGAGUUUGCCUGCUCGCUCAUGUAUUUCACCGGAUCGGCACACUUCAACCGCUCAAUGAGAGCCAUGGCAAAGACAAGAAACAUGAGCUUAUCGGAGCACUCGCUGAAUGAAAAUGUGGUGCGUCAGGGGAGCUUGAAGGUUUAUGGCGGCAGUCCACUUCCUACACUGACAGAGAAGGAUGUUUUUAGUCUUUUAGGCAUACCAUACAGACAGCCUCAUGAAAGGGACUGGUGAUGAUUUGCCAAUCACGAUGCCUUGUCUGGUUUUACUGAAAAAAAAGUUGACGAUGAUGAAUGAUGACAAUGUAAACUGCAAUUAUGCUCAAACAACAGAUUUUUAAGGAUGUUUUACUUCUCCACAGAUCAUGUAAGAGUCCUGGUUGACUUGAAUACUAAUUUUAUUCUACAAAUUAAAGGGAGUUCACUCAAAUCUCAAAAACAACAUUUUCUUACUUAACACUAGUUGUGCCAAGGUUAUGAGAUGUCUAUCUCUGAAACUCCUACUGUUGUAGGGUGCAGAGCUUUUGGAAAUCACAUUAUUUUUCCGGGACAUUCAGCUGAAGGUAGUUGGAUUAAAGGUCCAGUGUUUAGGAUUUACUGGCUAACCCAGCUGAAUAAUCCACUCACCCUCUGCUUUCAGGCGUGUAGGGGAACCUAUGGUGGCUCUAUAAAAAGCUCUAUAUAGAACCAAUGACAGUAUUAAGUCACCUGUAGGUUUCUGAAGUGCUGUUUUGAAGCUGAAAAUAUGCAGCACUAAUCUAAAUACCGGCAAAGACGUGGACUAUCAGCAGACCUGAGGCGGGAUGAAUGACACUAAGCCAUCUGUAAUGGCAUAUACCUAUCAAUCAAAGCAGUCACGCUGUUAAUUAUGCACAACUUUAAACCUAAAUAUAAUUUGACCACAAAAAAAUCACCUCUUGUACAGUUAUCCUGAAUGGGAAAAUCAACAAUAGAGACCAGACCUGUUUUCUGAAUAGGGCUGUAAACCUUUCUACUGUGAAGUUGGACAUUUUAAUAUGGGAACUUAUGGAGAUUGACUCACUUUUGCAGCCUGUCGUAAGCGGCCGCUUGAGGAAUUACAGUUUUUAGCAUUUUCACAUUGGCUUAAUUUCCCAGCACCGGAGGUUGCCGCUUGUAUAGAAUAGUUUGGUUUGUCCUUUCUGGGCUACUGUGGAAAAAUGUCAGUUCAACAUGGUGCACUCUGUGGAAGAAGACAUCUGUAGCACCUGUAGAUAUAAAAGACUCAUUCUACCAC